CUCCUGUCUUUCAAGUUUGAAGGCCCUGCCCUUCCCGAUUCUCCCAGGGACUUUCUCCUCCCGAUGGGUGCAUCCAUAGACUCCGCCCUGGACAGUGGACGCUGUCGAGAUCGCUGACCAUGGCACCGGCACCGGCACCUCCGAGCGGGUCGGCCGCCUACAAGAAGAAAGAUGGCACCCUGACCAUAGCUCAGGACCGCCUAUCGAUCUCUUGGAUCCCCGCGGCUGGCGGCGCCGCUGGGACGAUCACCCUCCCAGUGGCUCAGAUUACCAGUACGUUGGUGCCUGCUGGCUUCUCCCGCGUGGGACGGUACUGACGACGACCGCACCAGAUUUGCAACAGACCCCCGCGAGUAGCCCGAAAGUGAUGCUGAAGAUCUUCGUCCUCCCUCCGAACGCCCCGGCCACUUCCCCCGAACCCUACGUCUUCUCCUUCACGGCCGGAGCGACCGCGCGCCCCGAGGCCGACGCCAUUCGAGAUGCGCUCAGUGCCGCCAUCCAGUCUACAAAGACCCCCAGUGCCCCCGUGCAGGACGGCGUGUCCCCCGCCAUGGCGAUAGCGAAUGCGGUAUCAUCGGCCGGGAAGCUGAAGAACCCGUGGGACGACGACAAACGGCUGCAGGGGGACGUGGAGCUGCAGCAGUCGCUGCUCAAGUCGAAUCCGACCCUGCAGCGCAUGUUCAUGGAGUCGUUACACACCAAGCCGGAUACGCUGUCCGCUGGGCAGUUCAUGACGCAGUUCUGGUCCACCCGACUUCAUCUGCUGCGCGCACACGCAAUCGAGCGGUCGCAGACGCGCGGGUCCUACAAUGUGCUGUCGACGCUGAAGCCGCGGGUGGAGGAGAGUGUGACCAAGUUGAACAUCAGCAAGGAGCAGAUCCAGUUGAUCUUUAACCAGCACCCGCUCGUCAAACGCGUGUACGACGAGAACGUGCCCAAGCUCAGCGAGCAGCAGUUCUGGUCUCGGUUCUUCCAGAGUCGACUGUUCAAAAAACUGCGCGGAGAGCGUCUCUCCGACACGGACCCCACCGAUGCGGUGCUCGACAAGUACCUCAAGGCAGAUGAAUCCGGGAAUCUCCCGCGCGAUUCGCACGUUCCACACUUUUUGGAUUUGGCCGGAAACGAGGUGAACAACAGCCAGCGGCAAGGCAACCGCCCCGACGUCGACAUGCGUCCGUCCUCUGUGGAGAAGGUGCCGAUCAUCCGCACACUGAACAGCCUCAGCGAGAAGAUCAUGGCGAACGUCGCGCCAGCUGACGGAGAGACGCACACUCCCGUGGGCGAGGACGACGAAACGUACAACGAGCUACAGCUGCGCGAUCUGCGUGGCGAUGAGGAGCACAGCCGCAUCCUUCUCCACGUGAAGGAUCAGAGCCGCUUUUUCUCAUCGCAAGCCAAAUCGGCCGACGACGAACAGAGCAAGCUCUUCGCCCAGCAAGAUCCCGAGAAGAUCCUGCGGGAUCUGCGCGGGGACCUGGGACGGAAUCUACCACCGGGCGGAACCGCGCCGCUGGGGAAGCUGGUAGAGCCGGAGGAAGACGAGGACGACGAACACAGGCACGACGACGAAGUUGGCUCCAGGACCAGUCUGAAACGCGCAUCGACGCAGAUCCUCGAAGCGAUCCGGGACCGUCGCGCCCAGACCGAUGCAUCUUCCAACACGGGCACAUACGGACUGACGUCUGCGCUAUAUGACCGACUGACGCUGACGCAUGCGACGACGACGGAGUUUUUACAUCAAUUUUGGCAGGCCUUUUUAUCUGGUAAUCCGGAUCGUGCGGGGGAGGUGGCAUCUCUGGUCGAAUCGCUCAACCGAGCGAGGGAGCGCAUCAGGGCGGUGGCGCAGGACGCAGAGGCGGAACGGCAGGUAGAGGUGGACCGGCUCAAGCGGCAUGCGCGCGAGGUGCUGGAGGCGACGAAGAAAAGGCUCCGGAUCAACCUGGACAGCGUGGCUGGGGGGGAGCAGGCCGUCAAUCGCUUGCUUGGGCCGACGAUCCGGGCGCUGGAGACGGCGCUGGAGAAGUAUAAUCAGGCGUUGGCGGAGGAAAUGAAGGAGGCGUCGGCGAUUGUAUGAUAGAAUAGACUAAUGGGUGUAUCAGUA